AUGUCGCAAACAACUGCUGCGGCAUCUAAUUCUGGCUUCUUUCCAGGUUAUUUCAAUGGUAAUGGCAAUAAUCAACCACCACCCGUACCUUUAAUGAGUACAAUGACUAUACCACCUCCACCACCACCACUGCCACCAUCAGAUUGUUUACAACCACCACCAGUUCCUCCGUCAACAUCUAGUUCUAAUGGUGAUUUAUCUUUUCCACCUCCUCCUCCUCCAGUUUCGACAUUACCAAAAGUUGAUACAAGUAUUCCACCACCAUCAGUAACAUGUCCUCUCGAUGUUUAUCAAACUUGGGCAUUGCAAUGGUCAUUCUUUCAACAAGCACAACAAGCUGCUGCUUAUCAAAAUCAACUUUAUCAAUCAUUUACAAAUCAACAAAAACCAACUCCACCAUCUCCAAGUCCUGUACCACCAGUUAAUAAUAAUAAUAAUAAUAAUAUAUCCAAUGGUUUUAAUUCGCAACAAUCACAACAACAACAAUAUAAUAAUAAUAAUAUGAAUACAACACCACCAAAAUGGCAAUCAACAAAUUCAUCGCCAACAUUUCGACCAAGACAAGUACAACAAUCAUAUCGUGCUCGUUUUCCAGCAAAUAAUAAUAAUAAUAAUAAUCAACAAUUUCAAUCAUAUAAUAAUGUUCCACCACCAACAAAUCUUUCUCAGCAAAAACCACAACAAUCCGGUAUACGAUUUCAAUUAAAUACACGUCCUCAAACAACAAAUAGAAGUGGAAGACGAACACGAUUUUCUUCACCACCUAAACAACAAAUGACAUCAUCCUAUCCAACACCAAUGCCUACGCCACCUGAUAAUCGUAAUGAUGAUACAAUCAUGGAUACAACAAAUUCAAAUGAAUCACGUCCAAUAAUGAGUGCUAUUGAAGCAUUUAAAGUAGCUUGUGAUAAACAAAAUUGGCCAGAUUCAUUAAAAAAAUAUUGGCAAUCAAUUGAAAAUCGUUGUACAACAAAUCUAUUACGUUCUCAAGCUCAUGAAUGGUUACAAGGUGUUCUUGUUGAUGCAUUUCAAAAGAAUAUUGUUACAACUAUUGAUUGGCUUAACAAACCUAUUCCUGAGUAA